AUGGUAAUGCUCGAUACUCACUUUUUCAUCGUCGUCUUCUUUUUCAAUCUCUCUCUCUCUCUCUCUCUCUCUAUCUAUCUAUCUAUCUAUCUAUUUAUCUCUAUCCAUCUAUCUAUAAUACUCCCCCUCUCUUUUAAGCAUUACAAACAUUUCUUUUCUUUCCUCCUACUUCCAUUCUUUUUUAUUAUCCUCCUUUUUCUUUCUCAAUUGAGAUACCCAUUAAGGAAUAAAUGUCUUCCCUCCCUUCCUCUCUCUUUUUCUCUAUCUAUUUAUCUAUCUGCUUUUUUUCUUGCUUGCCUACAUGUCAACAAGUUACCCCAGGCUCGACCACCACUUCAAUUACCAAGCUCUCUUCAGGAAAAAAAAAUAGUAUUCGGACGCUAUCGUCAGCUUGCAUCUCUAUCUGAAAUAAUAAUUUUUUUCUCCUUAUUUGACACACACGUACUCUCUCUCUCUCUCUCUCUCUCUCUCUCUCUCUCUCUCUCUCUCUCUCUCUCAAGUAGACAAGUAUUCUAUGACAAGCUUCACCGACCUGACACCAUGAUAUUGAACAUCUACCGUCAGUCCUCUUCUCUACUGCUUGCAGUUAAUGUAUUUCCUAAAGUCAUUUGA